AUGGAAGUAAUGAACUUGGAUCAACCACAAUUGUUAUCUAAGAUAGCCAUUGGUGAUGGCCAUGGUGAAACAUCAUCUUACUUUGAUGGAUGGAAAGCCUAUGAUAAAGAUCCUUUUCAUCCAUCCAAAAAUCCCCAUGGAGUUAUCCAAAUGGGACUUGCAGAGAAUCAGCUUACUGCUGAUUUGGUUCAAAAUUGGAUAAUGGAUAAUCCAGAAGCUUCAAUCUGUACCCUAGAAGGAGUUCAUAAUUUCAAACAUAUGGCCAAUUUUCAGGAUUAUCAUGGUUUACCAGAGUUCAGAAAUGCUGUGGCGAAAUUCAUGUCAAGAACAAGGGGGAACAGAGUCACAUUUGAUCCUGAUCGGAUCGUGAUGAGCGGCGGAGCAACCGGAGCUCAUGAGGCUACCGCGUUUUGUUUGGCUAAUCCCGGUGAAGCUUUUUUGGUGCCUACUCCUUAUUAUCCAGGUUUUGACAGAGAUUUGAGGUGGAGAACAGGAGUUAAACUUGUUCCAGUUAUCUGUGAAAGUUCAAACAAUUUCAAAUUAACCAAACAAGCCUUAGAAGAAGCUUAUGAAAAAGCCAAACAAGAUAACAUCACAAUAAAAGGCUUACUCAUCACAAACCCAUCAAAUCCUUUAGGCACUGUUAUGGACAGAAACACCUUAAGAACUGUCAUCAGUUUCAUCAACGAAAAGCGUAUUCACCUAAUCAGCGACGAAAUUUACGCUGCAACGGUUUUUAGCCACCCAAGUUUCAUAAGCAUAGCUGAGAUAAUAGAACACGACACAGACAUUGACCGCAAAAUGUCGAGUUUUGGACUAGUUUCAACACAGACACAGUAUCUGAUGGCGAAAAUGCUGUCUGACGACGAAUUCGUCGAGAAAUUUCUUGCUGAGAGUGCGAAGAGGUUAGCACAAAGGUACAGAGUUUUCACCAGCGGAUUAAUCAAAGUCGGAAUCAAGUGCUUACAAAGCAAUGGUGGACUUUUCGUGUGGAUGGAUUUAAGAGGACUUCUUAAGAAUGCUACAUUCGAAUCAGAACUCGAGCUAUGGAGAGUGAUUAUUCAUGAAGUUAAGAUUAAUGUUUCGCCCGGUGUUUCAUUUCAUUGUUCUGAACCAGGUUGGUUUAGAGUGUGUUAUGCUAAUAUGGAUGAUAGAGAUGUGCAAAUUGCAUUACAAAGAAUUAGAUCAUUUGUGACUCAGAAUAACAAAGAGGCUAUGGUUUCUGACAAGAAUUCUAAACCUUGCUGGCAUAGUAACUUGAGGUUGAGCCUUAAAUCAAGAAGGUUUGAUGAUAUUAUGAUGUCACCUCAUUCUCCAAUUCCUCAGUCACCUCUUGUGAAAGCCACUACUUGA